AUGGCUGACAAUCGUAGCGUGGGAGUCUCCUGUCCCGGCGGCGACCGGAUCAGCGACCUCCCCGACAAUCUGCUCCAUCACAUCCUGGUGCUCAUACCCCUGGUCGAGGCCGUGCGCACCUGCGUGCUGUCCCGCCGCUGGGGCGGCGUCUGGACGCGCCUCCCGCGGCUCCUCUUCCAGGACGUCGACGCGGCGGCGGCGGCGGCGCCCCGCGUCCGGCGAUUCCCGGACCUCGUGGACGGCGUCCUGCGCGGCUACGCCGACGACGUCGACAUAGACGACCUGUUCAUCUCGGUCGACGUUGCGGCCGGCGUCGACGACCCCGUCCGCCUCGCCGCCGCUACGGCCGCCCUCGCCGCGCCGCGCGUCACCGCCAGGUUCGGCAUCUUCCUGUCCCCUGACGCGGUGAACCUUUACAUGGUGGGUGAGGCGACGCUCCAGCUGCCGUGCUUCCCGAGGGCGACGGAGUUCUCGGUCACCUUCAUGGGGGUUGACCUCAGGAUGCCCGAGACAGGUACGUUCGCCAGGCUGACCAAGCUGUACCUCGCCGGAGUCCGGUUCACCGACGACGGCGAGGGGAUCAGCGACGCCGUGUCGUCUCGCUGCCCUCGCAUCAGGGUCCUGGAGCUGCUCAUGGUCGACGGCCUGAGGGUGCUCACCGUCGCCUCGCAGUCGCUCCUGAGCUUGCGUCUCUCCGCAAUCAUGGAGCUGGAGCGGCUCGGGGUGGUGGCCGGAAACCUCCGCGAGAUGGUGGUGGACACGUGCUUUGUGCUGAACAACGCCGGCGCGCUGAUGCUGCUCUCUGUGCCGGCGUUGGAGAAGCUCCACUGGGAAGACUGCUGCCCCGGCCAGCUUCUCCCAUGGAAAUUGCCAGGGUGCCUCCGGAGGCUCGUCGUCACCUGGCUCAAGCUUGAGUGUCUGGUGGAUGCCGCUGGAGGCUCGUCAAAUUUCAUGAGGAUCCUGCAGCUUUUCCCACGUGUCCACACUCUACGGCUCGAAGUUCCUAUUGCUCCAGUACGUAUCUAUCAUGCACACAUCUGCUGA